AUUUCAUCCUUACUGACCGCCAGAGGCAGUGCUUCAACACUGAAUAUCUUCGUCUCGCGCAUGCGCAGGUCGAGUAUUAAUAUCAACAAAGUCACGUGUGACCUCGGAUGACCCUGGUUAGGUAUAAGUUCCGGUGUCAUCCACGAGAUCAGUCCUAUUUCAUCUUCUCGCUUGCGCAGUUUAACUACUGUGGUAGCAUUAGCUAAAAGCUAAAUUACCUAUAACUAAACCUAAUUGAGCUCGUCGACGGUAGCCUUGUGACCACCGGUCGGAGUUGCGGAGUUUUGCCCUCCAAAGGCUGCAACGAGCUGCCCAUCAAACUGUGUUUGUUCGCCGUUCGGUCCUCCGACGGAGGAGACGGCGGACGCACCUAUCCUGGUCAUCACCAGCGUGAUAAGGACAUCUUCCCAUGUGUACAUCACCCGGUGAGAUCGAUUUACAUUGUUUUCUAUAACGAUAAACGUUACUAUGCACAGUUAGCAGAGCGUUAGCUCAUGCUAACUAGUGGACAACGUGCUGUCAGUGAGGGAGCGUCCCAGCUCUCCCCUCGGUGUAGCACUUUAACGAACAUUGCUUACUAUAGCUUCUGUGUUACGGUUAGCAGCGCGUUCUCGCUCAGGCUAACUCGGCGCGACACCAGCAACAGUUAAGUAUAUUGAUAACAGUUACUGUGCUAGUGAAGACAGUGUGCUCGCUCUCCUCUCACUACACAGGCUGUUUUUUCUGCACGUUCUCUCCAGUUAGCAGAGUGCUCUCGCUCAGGCUAAACUUUGGCAUCGGAGUCCAUAACACUACUGUCCUCGCAUUAGCAGAGUGCUCUCGCUCAGGCUAAUCAGGUAGAAUCAGACAUCGACAGUUACUGUGCUAGUGAAGACAGUGUGCUCGCUCUCCUCUCACUACACAGACUGUUUCCUGCACGUUAUCUUCAGUCAGCAGAGUGCUCUCGCUCAGACUGACUUCAGCAGCAACUGACAGGGCAGAGUUUCUCCGUGGCUGUCAUGAUGCUCAACUCUCCAGGCUGCAACACCUGUAUGGCUCCUCUUCAACCUGAGGAUGGCCAUGACCUUUGCCCCUCUUGUCUUGUGAAGUCGCUCCUCCUGGCCCUCCACUCUAGUGCGGGUACGGAGGACGCAGGUACACCAACUCCGCCCAUGGCUGAGUCAUAUUCGGAGGAAGAUGCUGUCUCGAUGGCGGCUUCAGAGCUGGAUAUACGGCAGCCAGAAUCGACGCCUGCUAGCGCUUUCUUUAGGCGCGCGCCGGCCUCCACCACCUUUACUGUCCCUCCCUCCAAAGAGUAUCUUAGGGAGUUACAGGCAUGCUGGAGGGAUACUAGGGCUUUCUCCCGUCUCCCGUCUGAUGGCCGAACCCUGGCAGCCAUGCAGGAUGCGGCGAAAUUUGGCCUUGACCACAUGCCAGCUAUUGAGCCUGCCAUUGCUUCUCUCAUAGUCUCCCCUGACGAGGCUCUGAGACCAGAGGCAAGGUGCCCUCGACCCCAAUGUCGGGUCACAGACGACCUCCUCUCUAAAGCUUAUGAUACAGCGGCUCGCAUGGGCCGCAUGGGCAACUCCCUCUCACACCUCAUGCUUGCCCUCUCAGCCUCUCUGCAGGAGGCUGCUCCCGACGUUUCCUCCACCAGCCUCAGUGACGCGUCAUUGCAGGCGUUUGCCCUGAUGUCGAGGGAACUUGGACGGCUGAUGUCCAUGCUGGUUCAGACUCGUCGCCAGGUUUGGCUGGCGCAGUCGCCCCUGUCUGAGACAUGUCGGAGGACCCUCCGUACUGUUCCAGUAGAACCAGGGCACCUGUUCGGGACAGCUGCCCUACAGGUACUUGAGCGGACUGUCCAAGCUGACCAGACCAGGCAGCAGUUCUCUGGUCUUCGAAGGGGCAUGCCCCCCCCCGCCAGGCUUAGGGGCUCCAUGUCUGCCCCCCGAGGCCGCUCCCGGCCACCGGCUCAGCCUAGUGGCCACCACGGACCUCAGCGCCCCACCGAGAGGCAGGUCCGCUACCGUGACAACCCCGCCCACUUGCCCUCCAGGCAACCCUGGGCCGUGGAGCCUAACCGCCGCCCCCCCAGAGCCUUCAGAGGCCGGGGGGCCCGCUACUGAGACCCUAGGGCCGGCUGUCGGUUAUUUCUCCCAGCAGCAGCUCAACUGCUGGGCAGCUCACACUUCAGACCCCUGGGUGGUGUCCACCCUAACCCGGGGGUACAAACUUCAAUUCCGGCGCCGGCCCCCAUCCUCCAGCCGGGUCAUAAUGACCAUCAUCAACGACCCGGCAAAAGUCCUAGCCCUGAACCAGGAGCUAUCCACACUUCUGGCCAAGGGCGCAAUCGAGCCUGUGGACCCCCUGUCACAACCCGGGGGGUUCUACUCAACUUAUUUUCUCGUCAAGAAGAAGGGCGGUGGACUUCGCCCAGUCCUAGACUUGAGGGGACUCAACAAGUUCCUGAAAGUCUUGCCAUUCCAUAUGCUGAGCACAGCGGACACUCUUCGUGCUGUCACCAGGUGGGAAUGGUUCACAUCUGUCGACUUGAAGGAUGCUUAUUUCCAUGUUCCCAUUGUACCUCACCACAGGAGGUUUCUUCGUUUUGUUUUCCAAAACCGUCAUUUUCAGUUCAGGGUGCUUCCAUUUGGACUCUCCCUGUCCCCACGAGUAUUCACCAGGUGCGUUGCGGCGGCCCUCUCGCCCCUGC